AUGACUCCCACUCUUACGUCCAAUUCAUCUCUCUUGACCACAACGCCCCACUCAAGGUUGUCCCUCCGGAAUCCAAGGCUCAGAGUCUUCGCCAAGAAGGCCGGAUCAUUCCCAUCAUUUGGGCUAGGCAAACCCAAAGAUGAUUCUCCUGAAGACAAAGAUAGCUCUUCCAAUUCAAACCCCUUUGGUUUGGACUUUGGAAAGAUACCUGAUGUAACUACCUUGAUCCCGCUUCCAACCAACAAUUCUUCGCCAGGUUUUUCAUUUGGAAAUCCAAGGCGCAAGGAUCCUUCAACAGUGUUUGUUGCUGGCGCAACAGGGCAGGCUGGUAUUCGCAUUGCACAAACGCUGCUUAGGGAAGGUUUUAGUGUACGAGCUGGAGUCCCCGAACUUGGCUCUGCACAGGAAUUGGCUCGUCUUGCUACUCAAUACAAGAUUAUAUCAAAUGAGCAGGCAAAGCGUCUGAACGCUGUGCAAUCAAGCUUUGACAAUACAGACUCAAUAGCCAAAGCCAUAGGCAACGCCAGCAAAGUAGUUGUCACCAUUGGUCCCACAGAGAACGGCCCGACGGCAGAGGUGUCCGCAGCAGAGGCCUUGCAAGUGGUUCAGGCAGCACAGCUGGCAGGAGUAGGCCACGUGGCUGUCAUCUACGACGAGAGCAGCGCCGCGGCCUCAACCUACAAUGUACUGGAUGGCCUCUCCUCCUUCUUCAAUAACCUCUUCUCCCGGUCUCAAUCCUUGACCAUACAAGAGUUCCUGCAGAAAGUUAUUGAAACUGAUGUCAAAUACACAUUCAUCAAGACAAGUUUGACGGAUGAUUUCACACCCGAGAGUUCCUACAAUGUGGUCGUCUUGGGCGAAGGAAGCACCAGUGCGAACGACUAUAAAGUAGCGAAGUCCAAGAUUGCAUCGUUGGUAGCUGAUGUCUUCUCCAACACUGAGGUAGCAGAAAACAAGGUGGUGAAAGUGUACUCGGAUCCGAAUGCCCCCUUGAAGCGUGUGGAUGAACUUUUUAGCCCUAUUCCCGAGGAUGGAAGAAGGAAAGUCUAUGCUGAAAUGCAGGCAAAAGCAAAGGCAGAGGAGGAGGCAAGAGUGGCUGCUGACAAGGCCAGUGAAGCUGCUGAAUCAGCAAAGAAGUUGGAACAAGAGGCGAAAAAGCUUUCGCAGCAGGAAGCACGGGCUGCUAGUCUGGCCCAAGAGGCCCAAGAGAAGGCAAAGGUAGCUGGAGCCUCGGUGGAAAACAUCUUGAACAAGGCAAAAGACUUUGGUGCAGGGUUUUCCUGGGAAAAGUUGAGCUCACAGAUUAGUACUUCAAUCCAAAAGCCUGAUGAGGAUGAGGACCCAAAGGUGCAGCUAGCCACAGUAAGGGGACAAGCCAAGGCUCGGAACCUGGCGCCAAACAAAGCAGUGGUUAAACAAGCACCUCCGAGAAGGGCUGCUAGCAAACCAAAGGAGGAAAAACCAAAGGAGGUGAGGAAUGUAUUUGGUGGCCUGUUCAAGCAAGAGACUAUCUAUGUUGAUGAUGACUAG